AUGUCAUUCUUGAUAUACUUGUUGAAGGCAGAGCCAUUGACAACACCAAAGCUCAGAAUGGUUGUUGAGAAGCAUGUGUUCCCAGCACCACACAAGAUGAUGGUCCAUCCAUCAUUGCCAGCUGGACAUUACUUCCUCUACGGCUGCUUCACAUGCACCACGUUCAACUUCCCAGACACACUCAACUACUCAGUGACACAAGUAUCACAAUCAGACUUUAUCACAGAGAUAACAACCAAUGCCACGCUACAAGCACUCAUUGACAGGACUGUGUGGAGUACAGACACCAACAAUAACAACAAUAACGACAGCUCAGUAUUGGUGGAGGAGGAGUAUUACUUUGAGUUAGUCGACUUGUUGCUCGAGAGACGGACUUUCACUGGCGUUAAUUCAUUUGAACAGAUGGCUGCAGGAUGCUGGCCGCACUUUGUACAAAUGGAUGUUAAUCGUCCGAUGUUCUUCAAGUCAGACGCGUUGGAGGACAAGCCAUUUGGGUUCUACACCAACAGUAGAAUUGAUCUGGCGGCAACUCUUCGCGACUGGGCACGUCUCCCGGUGCCAAGUGGACAGGUCUACUUUAAGUUGUCUCCAAUUGAUAAUUCUACCAAGACAAUACCUGACCAUCUUCCAGAGAUAGGCGCAUUCCAGAGCGAAUCAUUCAAGUUUGGACGAUUCCCAGAGUUGGGACCAAUCUUGGAUAAAGCGGGUUCGGAUAUAAUAAUGGGCCGUGCCCUCUAUUCUGAUUACCAAGCCUAUUGCGCCAUCCCGAUGCAAUCCAUUGGUGUUCAUGAUUUAUACCGUUUCAUACUUGGCUCUGCGCUGGCUUGCUUUGAUCAACUUUUAUUCGCCCCACGGUUCAUAACUGGGAUGUUAUACAGGUCAUUGUUAAUGUUGGAGUCAUUCAGCGCAGAGCUCAAGACGUACUUGAUGAUCAAUGUGAUAUCGAAUUCUGGAUAUAUAAGAUUGAAGUUGAUCACUCAUAUGUUGAUGUUCUCCAAGGUCAACGAUGAGGAGAUAUUCUAUGUACUAAAGUGGCUCUGCUUUGAGAACAAGUUGAGUCCGCAAGACAUAUCCAAUGUCCGAACGAUACUAAGUGUACGACCAACGAUCAGGUCAUACACUGGCAGAGUAAUACCUGAGACCCAAGAACUUCCAGUGAUAUUACGACCAUUCGCUUCACAAUACCGACCCAACAAUCCACCUAGCGGCCACAUCUCGUUCGACCCUUGCCGGCGAGGCUUCACCCUGUCAGAGUUUGCCGGCAUCGUGGACAACUUGGAGAUGUUCAAGUUGGUAUAUUCAGAUAACAUUGACAUGGGCAGGACCUACCCAUCAACAUUGGACAAUGUACUAUUGUUCACGAGAUCACCGCGAUGCGUGGAGUACCUGUUGGACAACGACCCUGGCUACUUUAAGCGCAACCCUCAUUCACGACCGCUAUGGUGGUUUGGUCAGAACUUCAAUGUGUUCAACAGGGAUGUUGAUAGAUACCUCCUCGCUUUGAACAAGUGCAAGAAGCUACCAGGGUUCAACUCAUCGAUUCCUCACUUCCCCAGCAUCGAAGACUUGUGCAUAUACUCGGGCAAGCUCAAACUACUGACUUGGAUGAAGUCAAUUGGCAUCACGUAUCGAGAGCGCAAGCCACAUGGCCAUGAACUCCCAACUCUCUGUAGCCCGGUGGCGAUGGUAGUCUUUGGAGCGGAGCCUGUUUCCUUGAAUGAUUAUCUACGGUUCUUCCCACCAGCAACUCAUCACAUCUGCGACAUAAGCUUCGUAUUGUCCAUUUACACGCAUGGUGUGAGGAGUGAACUACUCUCCCUAAGGUUCAAAGACUCGUCAUGGCCACUCUACAAAAGUGGUACAAAGAUGCCCUUUGCCGCAGUCCUACUAAAGUGCCCACCCAAUGAUAUUGAGACCAUGCUCAAUGUGCCCGGCCUCCCACCAGUCAACAAACUAACUGUCAACAUGCGCAAGUGGCGUGAAUGGUUCAAACAAUACCCGUUCUUCAAGGCAUAUGAAUUUGUUGGAGUUCAGCCACAGUUUGACCAGGGAAGUCUACUGGAUGUUCACGUGUUGGCUGGAAGACUGGACGUGAUCAAACACAUCAUCACAAGGCAUGGAGUGAGCAUGGUCACCAAACAGACAGAGUCACUCUUCAAGCUGCGACCACCUCAAGAACAGGAAGAGAUCAAGUUGUUGGUGUCAAAUCUACGAUCGAUGGAAUUGCUCGGGCCAACCGGUUCACAAGGAGGAGGAGGCGGUGGAGGUGUUGGGAAGACAAAUAAGAAGGAUACGGAAGUCCCACAACAUGUGACACUUGUAGCAGAGACUACAGCGUCAUCAAUAACAUCAACAGUGAACAAUGGGCCACCAGCAUCACAGACACCAAUCAAUCAACAAAGUCAUGGUCCUCUAGCUCCAAACCAACCCGAUCAGCAUACACAAAAGAAGAAGAAGAAGAAGAAGAAUAAGAAGAAACAACAUCAACCAACAGUACAACAACAAUCCACUCAAACUCAAGAGGUGGAGACAGAACAUUCCGAUGUGGAACAUUAUGAGAGGACAGUUGGAAAGUUCAAGUUCAGCAGGAAGAUGAUCAUUGGACGUGGAAGCAAUGGCACUCUGGUGUACAAGGGUGUGUGGUGCGACAAGGUACCGGUGGCUGUCAAGGAGAUGCGCAAAGGAUUCACUACACUCAUUAACAAUGAGGUGGACAUACUCAUUCAACUCACAGCCAUGUCCAGUGCAACAGACAACUUGGUGAGAUUCUUUGGAAUGGAGGAUACUGAGGACUACAUCUACUUUGCCACAUCACUGUGUGAGAUGUCACUUCAGGAGUUGGUCGAGACUCAGAUGGACAGGUUCAAGUCAAUGAACAAACAAAAAUUGAUCAAUGACAUCAUCAACGGUGUUCGAUUCCUUCACAACAACAACAUCAUCCACAACGAUCUCAAUCCUCGCAACAUCCUGUUCAAAGACAACCACCUGUUCAUCACUGACAUGGGACUGAGCAAGAUGUCCGUUGAGACAUCAUUCGCAUUCACUCAUGCUCCAAGUGGUCAAGGUGGCUAUUACCCAGCUGAGGUCAUCAACAACCAGCGAAAGACCAACUCUGUCGAUAUCUUCUCACUUGGAUGUUUGAUGUAUUACAUCCUCACUGAUGGUGGUCAUCCAUUCGGUGACAAUCUCCCUCUAAGAGUGUCAAAGAUAAUAUUUGAUCAGUUCAACAUCCAACAACUCACUGAUCAACCAUGUGCCACCGACCUCAUCACACAGAUGAUUGCCAAAGACCAAAUGACACGACCAACGAUCAACAUGGUGAUCAAUCAUCCAUUCUUCUGGGACAUCAACAAGAGGAUCAUGUUCAUCACCUGUGUAUUCCACACGACCCAGAACCAACCACACUCAUUCCUCAGUACUAUUAUCGUUGAUCACUGGAACAAAUCCAUCGAUUCCACCCUUCUCGAUCAAUCAAAGUCACAAUAUAACUAUAACAGCUCAAAGGACUUGAUUCGAUGCAUCAGGAACACGACACAACACCAUCAUCAACUGUUCAAGGAUGCUCAGAAGAAGACAUUAUUCUUUGAUUCACAACAAUCAGCAUUCCAAUACUUUGAACAACGACAUCCAACACUGAUCGUCCAACUCUAUCGCAGGUUCAUCAACACUGAUGAUGCCCAAUCAGACAAUCUCAGGGACUACUUUGUUGUGUCUUGA